GUUGUGAAUUCAAUCAAUGAAAGACUGGAAAACAUAAAGUUCCCAACUUCAUUAGCAGAUAUUUCAAAUGUGAAGAGAGGAUUUUACAAGGUGGCAGGUUUGCCUAAUUUUGUUGGUGCUGUGGAUGGGACUUUGAUCCCAAUCAUAGCACCAGCAGGAUUAGAGGAACCUGCCUUUGUUUGUAGAAAGGGAUACCAUGCCCUUAAUGUCCACGCUGUUGUCGACCAUAACAUGAGGUUCACCGAUGUUGUUGCUCGCUGGCCUGGGUCCACACAUGAUGCCACUAUCUUUCAUAUGUGCAGUCUCAGGCAGCAUUUAGAAAAUAACAAUCUGGGUUGGUUAUUAGGGGAUUCUGGUUAUCCUCUUCGCCCUUAUUUGAUGACUCCAAAGAUCAACCCUGGAUCAGUUAAGGAGGAGAGGUACAACAAAGCUCAUAGCCAGACAAGGAUGGUGGUGGAAAGAGCAUUUGGAAUGUUGAAGUCAAGAUUUAGGUUUUUACACAAAACAGGAGGUUGUCUGCCCUUCACACCAGAGAAGUCUGCCAGAAUUGUCAGUGUCUGCUGUAAGCUUCACAAUGUUUGUUUGGAAAGAAACUUUCCUUUAAUAGGAGAUAUAUUGAUUGAUGAUACUUUGAAUAAUGAUGAUGUAGUUACAAUAUCUCAGAGUAUUCAAACUGGAAUUAAUGCCAGGGCUACCCUUAUUGAUCUUUUUUAAGUUUAAGCCUGACCUUUUUCUUUGAAAAAAAAAAUAGAGGUAUUAUUACAGUCAUGUUGGCGUUUCUGCUGCUGUCCACAAACUUUAACAUUGAUCAUAACUUUAUUUAUGUUAUAUAAAUAUAAAUGGUGAUUGUUUCGUCUGCUCUGUAACUUCCAAAUACGUGAAAGUUUCAAUUUCUAUUUAAAAAUUUAAAGUCACCAUAGAUGGACAAUGUGUUUUGAACAAGACACAGGUUUCAUUGUCUAUCUUCAAGUUCACUGCUGGGGUUCGACCUUUGUCAAUUUUUACCACCACACUUACCAUGUAAUAGGUGGUUUAUAAAUAGAGGAUAUUGAAUGAGUGUAAGUUCAAUACUGAAUUUUUUGCACGAGUUGAAUAAAAUUGUAUUAUGCGAGACUCUGACGAGCAUAUUAUUUUAUUCAACAAGUGCAAUAAUUUCAGUGAUGAACAUUACACUAAUUAAAUAUUCUAUUUAUCACAUACCCAAAUUUAAUUAACAAAAUGUAGCUGUUUCUUUUUGUUAUAAAAUUAAUUAAAUUCAGCUUUAAAGAUUUGUUUAAACCAUUUCUAAAAAGUUAAAAGUUGAGCAUUGCGCCUGUCCAACGGAGGUUCUUGUUGAAAUGUGUUUUAUAUAGUUUACAUAAUAUUGCCAGGUUAUAUGACUGUGCUAUCCAUGUUUAACAUCUAAAGUUUGAAUGAAAUUAUAUCAAAAGUUUUAAAGUUUUGAAAGACU